AUGUAUCACCGCCAAUCGGCAAGCAAACUCAUCAAUAACAAUAGCCCCGGAUCUAUCAGCUACACCUACACCCUCCGCCCCACCUACCCCAGCCUCACCUACCCCAGCCUCACCCGCCACCUCACCUACCCCAGCCUCACCCUGCUGCCUCACCUACCCCAGCCUCACCCGCCACCUCACCUACCCCAGCCUCACCCACUCGCCGCCUCACCUACCCCAGCCUCACCCGCCCGCCUCACCUACCCCAGCCUCACCUACCCCAGCCUCACCUACCCCAGCCUCACCCGCCCAGCCUCACCCGCCUCAUCGCCACCUCACCUACCCAGCCUCACCCGCCACCUCACCUACCCCAGCCCUCACCCGCACCUCACCUACCCCAGCCUCACCCGCUCGCCGCCUCACCUACCCCAGCCUCACCCACUCGCCGCCUCACCUACCCCAGCCUCACCGCCCGCCUCACCUACCCCAGCCUCACCCGCCCGCCUCACCUACCCCCCAGCCUCACCCGCCACCCUCACCUACCCCAGCCUCACCCGCUCGCCGCCUCACCUACCCCAGCCUCACCCGCUCGCCUCACCGCCUCACCUACCCCCAGCCUCACCCGCUCGCCGCCUCACCUACCCCAGCCUCACCCGCUGCCUCACCCACCCACCUCACCUACCCCGGCCUCACCCGCUCGCCGCCUCACCUACACCAGCCUCACCUACCCCAGCCUCACCUGCUCGCAGCCUCACCCACUUGCAGUCUCACAUACAUCAUCCCUCCCUACGUCUAGCCCGGUGGCCCUCUCCCCCCAGCCCGGUGCCACGUUCUCCCCCCUGCCCGCUGGCCCUCUCCCCUCUCCCCUUCUCGGAGACGCGGCGGUCUCUCUAUCGCCCACGUGGAGUCGCCCCAUCCCCCACGCAGUCGCCCCCAUCCCCCACGCAGUCGCCCCCCCCCACGCAGUCGCCCCCCCCCCACGCAGUCGCCCCCCCAUGCAGUGGCCCCGAUUCCCCUUGCAGUCUCCCCGAUCCCCCCACGCAGUCGCCCCCCCAUGCAGUCGCCCCGAUCCCCCACGCAGUCACCCCGAUUCCCCUCGCAGUCUCCCCGAUCCCCCCACGCAGUCGCCCCCGAUGCAGUCGCCCCGAUCCCCCACGCAGUCGCACCGAUCCCCCACGCAGUCGCCCCCAUCCCCCACGCAGUCGCCCCCCAUGCAGUCGCCCCGAUCCCCCACGCAGUCGCCCCCAUCCCCCACGCAGUCGCCCCCCACGCAGUCGCCCCCCAUGCAGUCGCCCCAAUCCCCCACGCAGUCGCCUCCCCCUCACAGUCGCCCCGAUCCCCCUCACAGUCGCCCCGAUCCCCCGCCGCAGAGUCGCCCCCCCACACAGUCACCCUGAUCCCCCACGCAGUCGCCCCCGAUUCCCCUCGCAGUCGCCCCGAUUCCCCUCGCAGUCGCCCCGAUCCCCCGCAGAGUCGCCCCCCCACACAGUCACCCUGAUCCCCCACACAGUCGCCCCCCGAUUCCCCUCGGCAGUCGCCCCGAUUCCCCUCGCAGUCGCCCCGAUCCCCCACACAGUCGCCCCGAUCUCCCACACAGUCGCCCCCCCACACAGUCACCCAGAUCCCCUCACAGUCACCCCGAUCCCCCACAGAGUUGCCCUGAUCUCCCACACAGUCGCCCCGAUUCCCCUCGCAGUCACCCUGAUUCCCCUCGCAGUCGCCCUGAUCCCCCUCACAGUCGCCCCGAUCCCCCACAGAGUCGCCCCGAUCCCCCUCACAGUCGCUCCGAUCCCCCAUCCCACAGAGUCGCCCCGAUCCCCCUCACAGUCCCCCCCCCACAGUCGUCCCGAUACCCCACACAGUCACCCCCCUCACAGUCGCCCCGAUCCCCCCCACAGUUGCCCUGAUCCCCCUCACAGCUCACAGCCGCCUCUUUCCUCUAUUAAGAAGAACUUUUCCAUUUUUGUAAAAAGACUGAUCUACACGUCGCAGAGUGACAGCGCAGUGGCCGCAUGUCGCCGCAACCACGAUCAUUCGUUGAAUCCAAAUUUUGAACCCAAGAAGAGCAGUACUCCAGUUGAGUUUGUUAUCAUUGGUGUGAAAAGCGGCUCCGCGACCAAAUGCUCAGCCCCUACACAACUGGUGUGCUGCACACUUUUGGUGAGAACCGGCACCCAAAGUGAUGUGCGCUCCAGACGAGUGAUCGGGUGGCUGCGGUCGAGGGACACGAUACUUACCUUCACCACUCGUCAUCGAAUCUGGUCGCAGGAAUACAGUGGACAGUUGGAUUUUACCCAUGAACUUCUACGCGAGAGCCCAACGAGCUAG